UGGAAUUACCAUUCUCCCCACCCACAACAGACACAACCUAAGAAUUCGUGUUAGCCAACUUUCCAAUAUGAAGCAAAGUCUCCCCUUCCUCCUGCGACGGUUGAGUCAUCCCCUGCUAGAUAAGAACAGCUACUUAAACUGGGCCAGAAGCUCACUCACUGGCAGUUGUUUGAGGUCCUUGACUGCUUCAGCUUCUCAUUUUUGGCAUGAAUUUGGAAAUGACUUUUGAUGGCAAGAUGAAGUCUGUGAACGAGCAGCCUGACCAGAAGUCAUGUCAUAAGAAGGCUAAAGGUUUGCUUUUUCUUUUGUCCCCAUGGUGGUGCCCUGCUGCUAUGGUUCUCAUCAUCGUUUGCCUGGGGUUAUCAGUGACCCUUAUUAUACAGUGGAUGCAAUUAUUCCAGGUAUCCAACCUUCUAAAGCAAUACCAAGCAAACCUUACUCACCAAGAACAUAUCCUGGAGGGACAGCUCUUAGCCCAGCAGCAGGCAACAAAUGCUUCAGAGAAGAAAUUCAAGGAAACUAUAGACACCCUUACCUGGCAGCUGAAGGAGAAAUCCAAAGAGCAGGAAGAACUUCUGCAACAGAACGUGAACCUCCAAGAAGCCCUGCAGAGAGCUGAAAACUUUUCAGUACUCCAGGUAUCUGAUCUCCUAAAGCAAUACCAAGCAAACCUUACUCACCAAGAACAUAUCCUGGAGGGACAGCUCUUAGCCCAGCAGCAAGCAGCGAAUGCUUCAGAGAAGAAACUCAAGGAAACUAUAGAUACCCUUACUUGGGAGCUGAAGGAGAAAUCCAAAGAGCAGGAAGAACUUCUGCAACAGAACGUGAACCUCCAAGAAGCCCUGCAGAGAGCUGAAAACUUUUCAGGUCCUUGCCCAGAAGACUGGUUAUGGCAUAAAGAAACCUGUUACCUGUUCUCUUCAGAGUCAUCUUACUGGACAAAGAGCCAAGAAACUUGCCUGUCUUUGGAUGCUCAGAUGCUACAAAUUAAUACCGUAGAUGAUCUGAACUUCAUCUCGCAAGCAACUUCCCAUUCCACCUCGCCAUUUUGGAUGGGAUUGCACCGGAAGAAACAAAACGAACCCUGGCUGUGGGAGAAUGGUUCUCCUUUGCGUCCUCACCUAUUUAAGAUCAGGGGGAUUCCUGCCCAGACGCAUCCAUCAGGCACCUGUGUGUAUAUGCAAGAGGGAGCUGUUUUUGCUGACAACUGCAUAUUAACUGCAUUCAGCAUUUGCCAGAAGCAGGCAAAGCUAUUGCUAAUGCACUGAAUUUAAAGAUCAUGGAAGAACAGGAGAAGACCUUGGACUGUUGUUAUGAAAUUUAAGCUAUUCUUGCUUACUUGAAUGCAAAUCAUGAUUUCCCUGACAGCUGUCAGCAAGCUACUACCUUCAGUUUACCUCAGCAGAGGCAAGGACCAGAAGCCAAGACUGGGGAUCCAGUUGGUUGACAUCUUUGUUUCAAACGUUGUGAGUUCAAUUGUUUAUCCACAGCUUUGCUCUUUCAAAGCCUCCCAGUCAACUUGCAAUCCUUCAUCCCUUUCCUGUUUUAAAUGAUGACUCCUGCUUGACCUGAAAAAUCAGUGUCCU